AGUCACUAUAACUGAGAGACCAAAUGGAGCAGAAAGAAGAUCAGCUGGGCAGAGAAAGCUUCUCCUGUUCGAUCUGUCUGGAUCUAUUCAGGGAUCCAGUGAUUAUUCCCUGUGGACACAGCUACUGUAUGAACUGUAUUAAAAAUCUCUGGGACCAAGAGGAUCAGAGAGGAAUCCACAGCUGCCCUCAGUGCAGGAAGACCUUCACACCGAGACCUGAUCUUGGGAAGAACAUCUUGUUAGCAGCUUUAGUGGAACAGCUGAAGAAGACUGGACUCCAAGACGCUGCUGAUCACCGUUAUACUGGACAUGAAGACAUGGCCUGUGAUUUCUGUACUGGAAGAAAACUGAAAGCCAUCAAGUCCUGUUUAGUCUGUCUGGCCUCUUACUGUGAGAAACACCUUCAGCCUCAUUAUGAUUCAGCUACAUUUAAGAAACACAAGCUGGUGGAGCCGUCCAAGAACCUCCAGGAGAACAUCUGCUCUAAGCAUGAUGAGGUGAUGAAGAUGUUCUGCCGCACUGAUCAGAAGUGUAUUUGUUAUCUCUGCUCUGUGGAUGAACAUAAAGGCCAUGACACAGUGUCAGCUGCAGCAGAAAGGACUGAGAGGCAGAGAAAGCUGGAGGAGAGACGAGGAAACAUCCAGCAGAGAAUCCAGGACAGAGAGAAAGAUGUGAAGCUGCUUCAACAGGAGGUGGAGGCCAUCAAUCACUCUGCUGAUAAAACAGUGGAGGACAGUGAGAAGAUCUUCACUGAGCUGAUCCGUCUCCUCCAGAAAAGAAGCUCUGAUGUGAAGCAGCAGAUCAGAUCCCAGCAGGAAACUGAAGUGAGUCGAGUCAAAGAUGUUCAGGAGAAGCUGGAGCAGGAGAUCACUGAGCUGAAGAGGAAAGACGCUGAGCUGGAGCAGCUCUCACACACAGAGGAUCACAACCAGUUUCUCCUCAACUACCCCUCACUGCCAGCACUCAGUGAGUCUACACACUCAUCCAGCAUCAACAUCCGUCCUCUGAGACACUUUGAGGACGUGGCAGCAGCUGUGUCAGAGCUCAGAGAUAAACUACAGGACGUCCUGAGAGACUCAUGGACAAACAUCUCACUGAUGGUCACUGGGGUGGAUGUUCUACUGUCAGGACCAGAACCAAAGAGCAGAGCUGAUUUCUUAAAAUAUUCACGUGAAAUCACACUGGAUUCAAACACAGCACAAAGAUACCUGAUUCUGUCAGAAAACAACAGGAAGGCAACCGUGGUGGAUCAACCUCAGUCUUAUUCCAGUCACCCAGACAGAUUCACUGAUUACUGUCAGGUUCUGAGUAGAGAGAGUCUCACUGGACGUUGUUACUGGGAGGUGGAGUGGAGCGAGACACAUGUUUACAUAGCAGUCUCAUACCAGAACAUCAUCAGAGCAGGCAAGGGGUGUGAGUGUAAUUUUGCACGUAAUGACAGAUCUUGGGCUUUAGAUUGUUCUCAAAAUGGUUUUACCUUUUGGCACAACAACAUCUCAACCUCCAUCUCAGGUCCAGUUUCCUCCAGAGUCGGAGUGUACCUGGAUCACAGAGCAGGUAUUCUGUCCUUCUACAGCGUCUCUAAAUCCAUGACUCUGAUCCACAGAGUCCAGACCAGAUUCACUGAGCCGCUGCUGGCUGGCUUUAGGUUUUAUUACAGUGGACACAGAGCAGAGUUCUGCAAGCUUAGAAAGAAUGAACUCUAGGUUCAGACUCUUGUCUUGAAUUUCUAUUCUCUGACUUUUUUAUUCAUUCUUGGUGUUGUAUCUCUUACCUGUGACCUUUUUCACUGAAAUAGUUUAUCAUCAUUAUAAGUAGUUGAAGAAGUGAAACCAGCUCUUUGAGUCUGUCCUGUUUUGAUCAAAUUCGAGAUGCUGUUGCUGCUCAGCUGCUCAUUCUGCUGUUUGUGGGCUUAAUGUUGGCGCACAAGACGUAACCGACAGAACCCGGUUAAAGGAUUUUCAAAAUAAAAGAUCCUCUAGACUCAA